GCUUUUAUCCUUGUGUAAAUAGACUAUAGUGCGUUACAUCUUCAUGCCUCUUCAGCAACUUUGCCAACACCACCAACCAUGACGAUAGUUGCCAACCAUGCCCUUCCUCACCCCCAACUCCCUCGCCGCACUGCUCGAAUCAGCGGUCUCCACGCGCUCCGCUCUCCUCGGCCGCGCCGCCCAUGCCCAAAUCAUCAAAACCCUCGACAACCCUCUCUCUUCCUUCCUCUCCAACCACCUGGUCAACAUGUAUUCCAAACUCGACCUCCCCGGCUCGGCCCAAUUCGUCCUCUCGCUCACCCCGUCCCGCACCGUCGUCACCUGGACCGCCCUCAUUGCCGGCUUUGUCCAAAACGGCCAUUUUGUCUCUGCUCUUCUCCAGUUCUCCGACAUGCUCCGUGAGUGUAUUCGGCCCAAUGACUUCACCUUCCCUUGCGCAUUCAAGGCCUCGGCUUCGCUUCGCAUGCCCGUUAUGGGAAAACAGGUUCAUGGGCUUGCGGUUAAGGACGGCCAGAUACGUGAUGUCUUUGUGGGGUGUAGUGCUUUUGAUAUGUACUCUAAAACAGGGCUGCGAGAUGAGGCCCGGAAGCUGUUUGAAGAAAUGCCCGAAAGAAACAUUGUGACAUGGAAUGCGUAUAUUUCAAAUGCGGUGCUUGAUGGGCGACCGCGAAAUGCAGUUGAUUCGUUUAUUGAGUUUCUGCGGGUGGGUGGGGAGCCAGAUUCGAUAACGUUCUGUGCAUUUCUUAAUGCGUGUUCUGAUGCUUCGUAUUUGGAGCCUGGGAGACAAUUGCAUGGGCUUGUAAUUCGAAGUGGUUUUGAGGCAGAUGUGUCGGUCUCGAAUGGGUUUAUUGAUUUCUAUGGGAAGUGUAGGGAGAUUGGCUCAUCUGAGAUGGUUUUUUAUAAAAUGGGUCAGCGGAACGAUGUUUCUUGGUGUUCUAUGGUGACUGCACAUGUACAAAAUGAUGAGGAGGAGAAGGCUUGUAUGGUCUUCUUGCAAUCUAGGGAAGAAGGCAUUGAGCCGACAGAUUUUAUUGUUUCAAGUGUUCUGAGUGCUUGUGCUGCGUUUUCAGGACUUGAAUUAGGUAGGUCAGUUCAUGCUCUUGCUGUAAAGGCAUGCGUGGAGGGGAAUAUCUUUGUUGGGAGUGCAAUAGUUGACAUGUAUGGUAAGUGUGGAAAUAUAAAUGAUGCGAAGCAAGCCUUUCAUGAGAUGCCUAAGAGGAACUUAAUCACUUGGAAUGCGAUGUUAGGUGGGUAUGCGCACCAAGGGCAUGCAGACAUGGCUUUGGCAUUGUUGGAGGAGAUGACAUUUGGUAGCAAUGAGGUGGUGCCAAAUUAUGUGACUUUAGUUUGUGUAUUAUCGGCUUGUAGCAGGGCAGGGGCAGUGAAAAUGGGCAUGGAGAUUUUUGAGUCAAUGAGAGUGAAAUAUGGGAUUGAACCAGGGGUAGAGCAUUAUGCGUGUGUAGUGGACUUGUUAGGGCGAGCUGGGAUGGUAGAGCGUGCGUAUGAGUUCAUAAAGAAACUGCCAAUUCCUCCAACAACAUCAAUUUGGGGGGCUCUUUUAGGGGCUUGUAGAGUAUAUGGGAAGCCAGAACUGGGGAAGAUUGCUGCUGAUAACUUAUUUGAACUCGAUCCAAAAGACUCUGGCAAUCAUGUGGUGCUUUCAAAUAUGUUUGCAGCUGCUGGCAUGUGGGAAGAAGCCACUAUUGUGAGAAAGGAGAUGAAGGAUGUCGGUAUCAAAAAGGGUGCAGGCUGCAGUUGGAUAUCUGUAAAGAAUUCAGUCCACGUCUUCCAAGCAAAGGAUAGUUCCCAUGAGAGGAACUCAGAGAUUCAGGCAAUGCUAGCUAAGCUAAGGAGGGAGAUGAAAGAAGCUGGCUAUGUACCUGAUACCAAAUUCGCUCUCCAUGAUUUAGAAGAGGAAGAGAAAAUAUCAGAAGUUUGGUACCACAGCGAGAAGAUUGCCCUUGCCUAUGGCCUCAUAACUAUCCCUCCUGGAUUGCCUAUAAGGAUCAUAAAAAAUCUUAGGAUUUGUGGAGACUGCCAUAGUGCCAUCAAGUUUAUCUCAGGCAUUGUUGGUAGAGAAAUUGUUGUAAGAGAUAACAGUCGGUUUCAUCGCUUUAAGGAUGGUCAGUGCUCUUGUAGAGAUUAUUGGUGAUGACUCAACAUUCUUAACGAUUUCUCAUGGUACAGAGCCUUCUAACAAAAAAUAUUGUAAUUCUUUUUAUAAAAGACGUAUCUUUUAUAUUUUA